AUGGAGCAACUCCCUGGACUAGAGUCCCUCGUUCUGGAGAAGUUGUAUGCUACUCACGGGACGGCAGUGAAUAAAGCCAUCGCCAACCGUUUGGAGACCUCUAGCGUUCUUGACAGCUCUUUAGCCUUUUCGGCCCUGAAAAGCCUCAAGCUUCAUGAGAUGCAAUGGGGACUCAGAGAACCAACAACAUUCUGGCACCGCUCAAGGGACGUGGACUGGCCAAAGUGCAUUGCCUUUUUUAUGCUCAACGCACGCCACCUGGCAGAGCUGCAUCUAUCGAUGCUCUCACUAGAGUGUGACAAUACGUUGGAGGCUGCCUGCAGGGAAUACGCUGCACGCUGCAACGACGAACAUCUGGUGCCACUCAAGAACCUGUGCCUGGACAAAAAUAUGCAUACGCCGGCCGUGAGCGUCCUCCAAAAAGCUUUUGACUUGUCGGCUUUAGAGACGAUCAAAGUGAGCGGGUGCAACGUCGCCGAUGCCGUGGCAGCUGUCUUGGAGGUUUGCGCUCCGACUGUGACGCCAAACCUGCAAAGAAUAACAAUUGACCGCAUACCACCGGAAAGCUGGUACAUGAUACCAGAGAUCACGCAGGGCCGAACCUCUUUCAGGUCCGACCCUCUAUGCUGGGGAAGAAGAGCAAAUGUGUACGAGCUGGCUCGGCUGAGCAGGGCGCCGCAACUUUGGCUACCGCGUCCGAGGGGCUUUGAUGAUGGCUUUGAUUACGGAGAACUCUUGAAAAGUGUCGCAAACUGCGACUGGCUUACGCAUUUAGCGCUAUGUCUGAAAUUGGACCAUCAUCUCGGAGAGUUGCCAUUGGCUUCUGAAGACAAUGCCAACACAAACUACGUGAAAUGCGACACGGAAUUCAGCCACAGUGAAUGGGAUACUGAGUGCAGCUCCAGCCGCAAGGAAGCGGCAAACCUCGCGCAACUCGAGGCAGCGCUGCCAGUUCUCUGUGAAGUGCUCAAGACGCUUUCGCGACUCAAGACAUUUUGCGUGCACUUUUUAAAUGUCACGUGGGGAGGAUUUUUGGAUGACGAUUCCGAGUGUGGUAUCGUGACGGCAAAGUGGGUGGCAAAAGCGUGCCCGACUCUACAGUACAUUGCCGUUCAAGAUGAAGUAUUUGUGGCGACGUGGCCGACGCAUGCAGCGGGCUCGACGGAAGAGCGAGAACCUUUCGUGCAGUAUAUGACGCUGCGGACUGAAUCGGAAGAAGCUUUAAACUUUCUUGACGAGUAUGAUGGUUUCAACUUUCAGGGAGACUCGGGAUAG